AUGCUUCGAAAUCUGUCUUCCGCCGCAAGGAGCGUUUUUCAUAAUCCCCAGAUAGGCGCCCGAUUUUUCUCUUCGCAAGCUGACUUCGAGAAAGCCCAAAAAAACUUAAAGACUUUGAAAGAGGAGCCAGAUAAUGACGUUAAAUUAAAGAUUUAUGCUCUCUUCAAGCAGGCGACUGUCGGAGAUGUUCAAGGGACACGCCCAGGGAUGAUCGAUUUUGUCGGACGCGCGAAGUUUGAUGCAUGGAAUAGUGUGAAAGGGCAGUCACAGGAUGAAGCUCGUGCUAACUAUGCAAAACUUAUUGGUGGACUUGUUUCUGAGGAAGCCGCUUCAACUCCAGAACCAACUGGUCCUUCUAUUGAUGGUCUGGAAAAUGUUGAUGGAUUGACCGUAUCGAAGGAAGGAAAAAUCUUCAAAAUCACAUUGAACCGACCAAAGAAGUUCAAUGCAUUGACCCUCGACAUGUACAAAGGGAUUCAAAAAGCUUUGGAAGUUUCUAACCAGGAUAAAUCAACAUCUAUCACAGUGAUUGCUGCCAACGGACCAUACUUCUGCUCUGGAAAUGAUUUGACCAAUUUCAAAGCAGCCGCUGGAGGAAGUAAGGAACAAGUGGCUGAGAUGGCGAAUACUGCUAAGGUUGUUCUUCACGACUAUGUUGAUGCUUACAUUAAACACGAAAAGCCACUAAUUGGUUUGAUCAACGGGCCCGCCGUUGGUAUCGCUGUUACAGUGCUCGGAAUGUUUGACUACGUCAUCGCGACCGACAAAUCCUCCUUCCACACUCCGUUCGCUCCACUUGGACAGUCACCAGAAGGAGCUUCUAGCUACACUUUCCCACUUAUCAUGGGAUCACUGAGAGCAUCUGAACUUCUACUGGUUUGCAAGAAGAUUUCAGCACACACUGCAAAAGAUUACGGGCUCAUCAAUGAAGUGGUGCCAGAUAACGAAUUCCAAGAUCAGUCUCAAAAGGCCAUCGAGUCGUUCUCUCAACUUCCACCAGAGAGUCUCCGUAUAAACAAGACAUUGUUGCGUUCAUUCCACAAAGAUCAACUUCUGAAGGUUAACGACAUGGAAUGUGAUUUGAUCGCUGAACGUUGGCAGUCAAAGGAAUGCCACCAAGCUAUUGCAGCAUUCAUUAUGAAGGGUUCCAAGAAGUAA